UCCAAGACACCAAGGUAAGAUGAACUCUCUACUUCUUUUACUCGGAAUAUUCACUGUUGGUUACGGUCUUCAGUGCCCUAACUGCCUUACUGCCGACACAACUAAUGUGAGCGAUUUAUCGGAUGAGGAGAAGGCCGCUUUUGAGCAAAGUUUUUCUGAAGGACAAGCUGACUGUAAGACCCCGGAGAUGGUAACGUGUGAGGAUAGCAACAUGGAGUGUGCGACAGUCUCAAUGAAACUCAGCUUCGAAUUUAGCUUCGACAAUAUGGAGAAUUUUGAGAUUGAGAACGUGUCAAUUCUUCUAAAGCAAUGCGUGCCUCACUCGAUAACAUGUUCUGACGUGCAGGCUGUGUAUGACAGCCAGAAGGGAGACGUGGUUAUAAAACUGCUGGACGCGGACGACCAUUGUGAUAUCAAGUUUGAGUCUGACACUGACACUGACACUGACACUGACACUGACACUGACACUGACACUGACACUGACACUGACACUGAGUCUGACGCUGUCUCGUUCUCCCUUUCACUGGCUGCAGCUCUACCUCUACUCGUCCUACUACUUUAGAGACUAUUAGCUAGUCACCGAGUUUUUACCGAGUAACCAGUGACCUAGUAACCAGUAGCAUAUUUACCAGUAACUAAUCUCGUUUAAGAUUCGGGAUUUUAAUUUCGAUCUUAUUUAUAUAUUAUAUAGAAUAAUUUUAUAAAAUAAUUUUAUAGAAUAAUCAUAUAAAAUAACCAAGUUGCGUUGAAUGUUUGGGCGAUUGUUAACUAGUCGCAUAGAAUACAUUGAAUGUUUAUUAAUUAAUUUAUCAGCUUGACAGUGUAGUGGGCUGUUAACCGAGUUAUUUUCUCGAUAUUUUGGAUGUUACUUCUUAUCUGGAGAAGCUGUGGUUACAAAAAAUCAGUCAAAUUUGUAAUAUAUUAUUCCUUUUAAUUAAUUUUAA